CCUCCGCAUCUCCUCCAUCCCCUGGCUGCCGACCGCAGGGAUGUUCCCGGCUCAGGAGGAGGCUGACAGGACCGUGUUUGUGGGCAACUUAGAGGCCCGAGUACGGGAAGAGAUUCUUUACGAGCUAUUCCUUCAGGCUGGACCACUAACCAAAGUAACUCUUUGCAAAGACAGAGAUGGGAAGCCAAAGUCCUUUGGCUUCGUCUGCUUCAAACAUCCUGAAUCUGUGUCUUAUGCCAUAGCUUUGCUGAAUGGAAUUCGUUUGUAUGGAAGGCCAAUUAAUGUGCAAUAUCGAUUUGGUAGUUCUCGCUCUUCUGAACCAGCUAGCCAAAGUUUUGAGAGCUGUGUUAAGAUAAAUUCACACAGCUUCAGGAAUGAAGAAAUGGUGGGCAGAUCUUCAUUUCCCAUGCAGUUUUUCCCAAUUGCAAACGCUGCUUUACCUCAAGAAUAUUUUUUCUUUCAGAAAAUGCCCUGGCACACACACAGUCCAAUGAUGCAGCCUCCUUUCUACGACAUGACAGCUUCACUUCCCAGCAAUACAUCUGGGUCCUGCCCCUUAAACUACACCCCAGACCUCGAGGCUGGACCCUGCUCCUAUGAAUGGACUCACCAGCAGCCAAGUGAGCCUGACCUUUAUCAUAGGGGCCAACAAAAGAGGCAAAGGCAAGCCAGUGACUCUGGCAGUAGUUCGGAAGACCAGAGAGGGAAUGAAGGUGGCCAAAAAUGCCGGAAAUGCAAGAGGAAGAAGAAAUACUAGUGAAGAGUAUCUGUGCUGCUCUCUCUCUCUAUCAAAAUAAAAAAAAGAAAAAAGAAAAAGAAAAAAAAAUGUCUGUUGUACCAAAUGACCCAUUUCUUGUCCACCUUAUCUUAAAAAAACUGAAAAUAUGACUCCGUGAUUUGCUAUUCAGUUUUUGCCAUGAAUGAUAAAAGCUUUUCAACAGUAAUAUAAUGUACUACUUUUGUAUUUGCAAGGUUAUUUCUUGCCCAUUGUCAGGAAGAAUACACUUUACAUCAUCUUAUUUUUAGAGCUGAGGAUGAAAUUUCACGAAACUCUAAAGCCACUCGCUAAACCCUUGAGGGUUAAGUACUGUGCUCUCCCUAGAAUCUCACCUGAGGCUUUCAACCACAAGUGGGCUGGCCUCAGAUGCAUCUGUCGGUUGCUGGGGAAACAGUGGUAAUAUUUGGAAACAGCAUGUUCUAAUGACUAUGUAGUAAGGAGGCACCAGUUCCCUUGUAACUGACACUUUACCCUUUAUGUCUAAACACAGGAUCUCUGAGCAUCACUAGCAGACUGAUUGCAUAUGAUCGUGACCAUGACAUCCAAAGAAACAUUUCUGUCACAUGCUCAGUGUCAUUUGCUUAAAGGGACUGCUAUAGGCGUAGUUGCUUUUUUCCUGGUUUUAUUGGACAUAAAUAUCUCUUUACAUCUUAUCUCUUGUUUGUAGUGGAAAAAUCAGUUGAUGGUGUCAGCAUCCACUGUCUUCUCCUGCCAGCAAGGGUGGAAAGUAGAGAGCAAAUGUGUGAAUCGUCAUGAGCUGCAUAGAUAGAAUGAUGUUGUAUCAUCAUGUAUUUAAUGCCUACUUCCAGGUCUAUAUUUAUAAUUCACUCAUUUUUAGAAGAUAAAUGGAGUACAUGUAAAAUGAAUGGUGUAUAUCAAUUUGAUUCAGCAUAAACCAAAACUAAGAAAAUCAUGUGUUUGUUAAAACUAAUUGAAAGCAUCAGGCAAAUCCACUUGGAUUCAUCUCCUCAGUUCAAUAGGAAAAACCAUACACGGGUGUUACUUUUGAAUGUUGCUUACUUUUUCAUAAGUAUUAUUUAUUCAAAGAAUAAAAAUAUGUUUAAUGAGAAAAAUAACUGAGUUUCACUUUUGGUAAUAAUAACUAUACAAGAUAUAGCAGUUAUAACAUAUCCAAGCUUAUUUCCAUCUGAUCAAUAUGCAAACCUAAAUUCCGCUGCAUAGAACUUCAACUCAUUUUUACAUUCUUCAAUAGUUAAAUGCAAAAUCAUCAUUUUUAAAUUCAUAUUUUGACAAUUUGGGAUCAUGGUCAAAAUAAAAUUUAUUCUUUCAAAAUUAGAUAGUAACAUUUUAAAACUCAUUAACAUUUUCUUUAAGUUUCCUCUAGGUAUGUAAUUUAUCAUGGACAUAAAUGAGAUCACUGGGAUCGGCAUGGUAGCAGAGCUAUGUAUAUAUAAAAAAAAACCUUAGCAAUGAAUAUUGACCUGCAUAAGCAAGUCAGGUUGAAGCAGUGUAUGAUCUAGCAUGUUACAACUGGGAAAUGUCUUUGUAACUCUUUUAUCAGAGACAGAAAAUUAACUCAGUAUCAGUUCUCAGCUAGUUGGUCAUUCAGCUAAAUAGAACACUAGAAAAGUCACUUUCACCAUGGUGUCUUUGUUAAAGAUUCUAAAACUUCCCUUAAAGUGCUUCUGUUUACUACAACCACAAGAUUUUUAAGUUUUCGGUUUUCCAAAUGUUAUGUACUUGGGUGAAGAACUAUUAGUAUAAUUGGCUUCACAGGGUUUUCUUUUCCAAUUUUAAUUCGCCAAUCUCAGAAUCUACUUCAAAUGUUAGCAGAAAUUAAUAGCCUAAAAAUGAUACUAGACAUUUUACAUAUUCUCAAUUCAAUAAUUUAUUUAAUUAAUUUUUAAUAUACCAGGCACUGACAUAAUUUGCAAAAGUGUCACUAGAAAUUAGUGGCAAACACACCCUCAAGUUUGCACAAAAGACACACACUGAGCUACGAUUAGUUGCUUAGAUAAAGGACACAUACAAAAUCUCAUCAUUAAAUGCAAUUAUAUGCAGUAUUUUCUGUGACAUUACGAAGUGCCGUUGCAAUUAAUAUUUGUUAUUGUCAAUGACUUAAAAAUAAUAAAACUUGUUACAUAUUGUUUAGUACUGUUCGGGCUAAAAAUAUUAUAUGCAAAAAUGUUCUCAGUUUCUUUAUUGCAUGGUUAAAGAUUUCUCUCUUGACAAUAUUCCCAACAUUGUAUCUAGAUGUCCCCCUUUACCUAUUAAACAUACUCACUAGGGUGUCUCAUUAG